AUGGCUGAAUUAAGAAAAAUUGCUCUUUCAAAUUCAAAUCUUAAAAACAUGGCACCAUCAUCGUCAUCUUCGACGCCUGGUUCUUCUGGAACUUCAAGUCCCCAGGGUAAUGGCAUGGCCAAAACAGAUUCUUUGGUAAAUUUGACUCAACCAGAAUUAUAUGGAAUUUAUCGUAACGAUUCAGACACUAGUCUUAGUAAAGAAUUUGAAGAAGAUUCAGCAGAAAUUGAAUUCAAAGUUAAUUCAAGAUUAAAUAAACCAACUACUACUGCUACUUCUUCCUCAUCAGAGGCUAAACAUUUUAAAAAUGAAGAGCUUGAUAAGUAUUUACCAUUGCCACUAAAAAUUGUUGUUUUAACUUUAGCAUCAUUUAUUUAUAAUGAAGUUACUAGUCAAAUUAGUUUUAAUCAUACUCAAUCAAAUUACCCUUUAACUAUUAAACAUUUAUUCAAAAUUAGUUCUUAUAUUCAUUUGGAUGAUUAUCUCGCGUUUGUUGGUCAAAGUAAAUAUGGCCAUUUAAUUGAUGAAACAUUUGCCUUGGUGAUUCAAGGAUUAGUAAUGGCAAGUUUCCACCCAAUUUUGGAUUAUUAUUUACCUAAAUCUUUAUCAAAAAGAUUAUUAUCAUCUAAUCCAAAUCCAAGUUCGUCAACAAGUUAUUCUACUUUAAUUAAUGAUUUGAUUCGUUCAUCAGUGGCAUUUUUAGGUGUUAGUUAUGCUAUUCGUAACAUUGAAUGGUCGUCAUUUUUACAAGUUGCCAUCAUUUAUUCAUUGGUCAGUCCUGGAUUGUGGUUGUUACUCGAUGGAACUAUCUCGGGUCUUAUUGGUUCGUUGGUGGUAUCAAUUGGAGCUUGUAGCGUUAUUUAUUAUCAGAACUAUCAAUAUUUAAAUGGUGUUGGUGAUGUUUCCUCGGUGGAAUUAGUUGCAAUUUGGUUAUGGAUUGGCAGCUUUGUUUUUGGUGGUCUUAUAGUUUUUGGUAAACUCGGUAGAUUUUUAUUUCAAUAA